CCCAAAUAAACCCAUUAGACUAGUCAUUCUUUGGCGGGAAAGCGGAGGAAGGAAAGAGAAGCGAGGGAAAUAGAGCUAGAGAGAGAGAGAGAAAUCGAGAAAUGAGUUCGUCGCCGGCGAUUGAACCAGACGCGCCGGACCUCGUUUGCCAGCUCGAUAAUGUCCAUGGAAUCUUCGAUGCCCUCACUUGCGUCCGAUGGAAACGCCACCAGGAUGCCUUAGUCGAGUUAUCUGAACACGGAGUAGUUUUGAUCGUGGAGGAUUCAGGCUGUCUUCAAGCCAAGGUCUAUCUUCAACGCGAGCUGUUCACGAAGUACGAGUAUGGAGCUGAAGGUAGGCCGAGAUUUGGAAUCAGCUUAGGGCUUCUUGUGGAUUGCUUGAACACGUUCUCAUCACCUGGACACUCAAACACCAUUGAAAUCAAGUAUCCAGGACCUGAUAUGGAGCUUCUUCUCAAAUCUGUUGAUACUCUAAACUCGUGCAUAUACUCUGAGAUAAGAACAAGAAUCCCAGAGACAAGCGCGUGGGACUAUCACUUUGAGCAGGCAGGAACCGCGCCACUUACUUUUACAGUGAAGUCAUCAGCGCUGAAGGAAGCAAUAGAUGAUCUUGAAUGGCCUGGAUCAAGCGUACAGAUCAGCCUUCAAAAGUCUCCUCCUUGUGUUACUUUUAGAGGAGAAGGACACGGAGACCUACAGAUAGACUUCAUGUAUUAUGCUAACACAGAUCUUCUCCUUGCCUUUCAUUGUGAUACCGAAGUCUCUUACGGGUACAAGUACAAGUUUCUGAAGGCAACGACGGCGAAUAUUCCGGGGAACGUGGUGAGAGAAAACAGGGGAAGCAAGAUGACGAUAGGGAGAGGAGGAAUGUUGAAAGUUCAGCACUUGGUUUCGGUUGCUAAAGCUUUAGCUCCACAUGUUGAGUCUGCAGGGUAUCAGCCUCCGAGUCGCAUUGCUUAUAUAGAGUUCUUUGUGAAGCCUGAAGAGCCUUCUGAUUAAAUUGAUUUCUGUUCAUUUCUGAAUUAAAUUCUCGUCCGUAAAAAGUAUUGGGGUUAUUAUGACGUGUUAUAAAGCUAAACGGUAAUCUACAAUUCUAAACUAGAAAAUAGGUAAGCAAAUAAAGCAAUUUCAGUUUUUUUUAGGUCAUAUAGUUUUAUGUUUUUGGGUUAUGGUUUAGUAUUUCAGAGUUAGGGUUUUCUUUUCAGGGCUUAUAUGAUUUAGGAUUCUCUUCAGCUUUUAAAAUAUUGCAAUUAUUUUGUUAACAGGUAUAGAAUUUAACAAAAGAAGAGGUGUAUACAUUGUUAACAGG